CUGGAGAUUCAUUGACAGUUUUGAUGUUUUGUGUUUUGUUGAAGUAAAUAGUGAAGUGUUUCUCGCGUGUGGCCUUCGAUUUUACUUUUUGUGUAGAAAGUUUGCAAAAUUUAAUGUGCAAAAUAUAUAAAUAAUUUAAAGCUAAAUAAUAUUUUAAAUCACCGUUAAAGGAAAACCAAAUAAAAAAUAUUUGAAAAAAUUCUUCUGGCCCAACAAAAUUGUGUAAUUACUACCAUUACCGGUGCAAGUACAAAAUCGCCGUAUAGAUAUAAUGUCACAAAUUCGCCCACUGGUCCCUGAGCUGGCUGCGGUCGCGCGCACCGAACUUAAUGAAAUCGAGUCAAAUAUAGCCAGCAAAAUUAUAGAGCUACGACAGUGGAUUGAAGAGCAGCCAUAUUUGACAGCGCGCACCGAUGAUCAAUUCCUUGUGGGCUUCCUGCGUUUCUGCAAAUACGAUAUGGACGAGGCAAAGAAACGUAUCGACUACUAUUACACAUACAAAACAACAGCUGGCGAUUUACUUAAGUCUCGACGCAUUGACGAGAAAGUAUUUGGCAUCUGUCGUGCGGGCAUAUUCGCCACACUACCGAAGCCAGCGGGUCCAGGCGGUCCACGCAUACACUUCACACGUAUGGGACAAAUUGAUACUUCCCUAUAUACGGCCAAAGAUAUCUUCCGUUUCAUAAUGUUUCGUUCCGAGAUUGAGGCCAACACCGAUGAUAAUUGGAUUAUUAGUGGUGUGCUUGAAAUAAUCGAUUUCUCAAAGAUACCGUAUGCAUUGUUGCGUCAAUUCGAAGCGAAUUUAUUCAAAAAGAUGGCCGCAUUCUUAGAAUAUGGCGUACCCACCAAUUUGGUGGGCACACACAUCGUCAAUGCUUCCAUGGAUGCCCAAAUUAUAUUGAAUUUGGUGCGUCUGGUUAUGAAACAAAGAGAAUUGCUCCACAUACACUCUACGCUGGAGUCACUACAGAAGGCCAUCGGUAAGGAGUAUCUGCCCGUCGAAUAUGGUGGCAAUAAUGGCACCUACGAAGAGGCCAUGUCAAAUUUCGAACAACAGCUCAACGAUUUUAGUGAUUAUUUCGAUGAGGAUGAAAAGUAUGGAGUCGAUGAGACAUUGCGACAGAUUGAGCCUGCAGUUGGUGCGGUUGCAAAUAAGACGCCGCCCACACCAGUCUCGCCGCCAUCGCCUAAAUGUGUGAGUGUACCUGAAGAAUCUUUUCGUAAAUUAAAUAUCGAUUAAACUAAAGAAAGCUUAUAAAAUGAAACAAACUAAGAAAUACGAAAAAGUACGUUAUAAAAAAAUUAAAACGAAAGUACUAAAUAAUAUAAAUAUAAAACACAAAGUGAAAUAAACAAGAGUAAAUAAUUGAAGCUGUAUUACCAGCGCCGUAAAUAACUUUGAAACUAUUUUGCGUUUUUUUUUGUGCGUUAGUUAAAAAUGCAAAAGUUAAAGAAACUAAAUUAAAUGUAUAAACUAAAAAUGAACAAAGUAAAAAAGCAACAGUUCGAAAAAUAAUUUACCACGAAAAUCGUAACAAAAAAAAAAACAAAUUGUUUUAAACGAGAACAUACAAUUUAUGUAGCGACGUGUUAUACUUAUAACUAAGUUUUCAUACAAAAAGGCAACAAGCAUUAAAACUUAUAAAACAACCAAGCCAAUGCGAGCGAUAAGUUAACAGUAAAAUAUGGUGAAAGUAAGAGUGAAGGCAACAAAUGCAGCUAUCGCAACUAUUUACUUAAAUGUUGGCAACGGAAACACAUAAAAAAUCAUAGCAUAUAUACAAAGAAGCUAUAUUAUAUAUACUGCAUACAUUGCAUACAAUAUAAACACAUUUUUAAAGGCUUCAUUUAUAUUAAACAAACUUAUUUUUGGGACAGAUUUUUAAUGAAUGUAUAUAUUUAAAAGCAAAGCUAUCUAUGUAUAUGGUGUACGUGUUUUGGAAAGCGUAAAUAACGUGAGAAAUUAAAAAUUUUGAACAAAAAAAAACUAUAUUAAUACAAAUACAGAUGACAUACACAUACAUAUACACAGAAAAAAUAUUUCAAAAAAUUUGUGAAAAUGUACAUUGUAAAUCAUUCAUUGUAGAUAUAUAGUUAUAUUAUAUACAUACAUAUAUAUUGUGGUAUGUUUAUCAUUACCAUUUUAAGUAAAACUAAAAACUAAUUAACAAUAUAAAUAUUAAUUGUAUUCAAGUACGCGAAUUCCAUUUUUUUGGUGUGAAAAUUGUCUUAAACCACUAGGCAUUUAAUUGUUAAACGUGUUCGAAAUAUUGCCUAUAUAUUAAUAUAUAUAUAACAAACAAAACCGAUGAGAUUUUUAAAUAAGCCACAUUUUUCUUUCUUUGAAACUCAAGUACAACUGUUCGUAUUUUUUAUUGAUGUAUACCAAAUUGGUUUUGGUUUUCAUUUCAUUCCGUAUAAACAAGUUCGUUUGAUGCUUAAACAACUAAAUUUGUUUUAAUGUUUUAUAAACGAAAAUAAAUAUUUAAUUUUCUACUUGAAAGUAUAAAUUAGAAAAAAUAAUUCACGUAAGAAAAGUACAGUUUAAGCAUAAAAUGCUGCUAACGCUUUUGGUGUAUUUAUUAUAAAGCGUGUUUUCUUAAAAUUUUAUUUGUCGCUUCAUUGCAAACAUUUUAUUUAAUUAUUUUAAACAAAUUCUGUGAACGCUUUCGGUGUAUUUAACAAUUUUUUUUUUUUUUGCAAUUGAUUCUCGAAUAGCAUUGAAUUUUUAAAAUAUUUAUAAUAUUUGAUAAUAAUUUCUAAUUAUAUACAUAUAUAUAUUUUAUAUAUCAUAUAUUUUACAUAUUAACAAAAUAUGAAACUAUAAUUAUACUUACAUACCAUGUAUAUUAAUAGUUAAUUUCAUUAAGAAAUGUACUCCUAAUUGCAAUUUUAGUACGUUUUAUUCUGCUGAACCAUAAUUGAUUUUUCUAAAUUUAUAUUUUUAUUACACCACAUACCAUAACUCACGCCUUAUUACUUUUCUACUAGCUUCUGGAAAUAAUAUAACUUCUUUGUUGUAAUCUAAAUAUACAUGAUAUAUGUAGUAGAGUAUCGUGUGGUACAUACAUACAUGUAAUAAAAACAUAAAAAUUGUUUAAAACCCUUAGAUUAAUUGCCGUUGAUAAUUAUAAUUCGCGUUAAAUUUAAUUUUCCUAAUCGCAUUCUCCAAUCAAGCGAAUACUAGUAUGUAUGCAAGUGAGACACUUAAAAUAUUUACCAAAUCGAUAAGCAUGAAUUGCUUUUGUGAAUUACUCUUACUUCAACAAAUAAUGGAAAAAUCUGUUGUCGAGAGCACUUCCUUAUCAUUUUUGUAAGAUCUAUUAGUGUUUUAGUCAUACAAAACUCAGCCA